GUCCAAUCUCGCCGCGUUUGCUCUGACAGUACUGACAUGGUGGCUUGAACUGCUGCAGGUCGAACAUGGGGAAGAGCAUUUGACAUAGUCCAUUCUGUCUCGGCUUUGAGUUGAACAAUGACUUAGAGGCCACCGUCUAGACUGCGGAACAUGGGGGUAUUCGGAAUGCACGCGACGCUUACAAUGCCGAAGAACGGAACCGUCGGCCCCCUUCGGCAGCGCAGCCCCACAUUGCUCCGCUCCCGCGGCUCGUCAUGCCGGAUCCUUACGACGGGAUGUGUUAGUGUAGGAUCCCAGAAUCCUGCAGCCCUCAAUCGCGCUAAAAGGUCCGCUCACCUCUGAAGUAGGGUCGGCAACUCCCGCAAAGUGGUCGUACCUGCGGAAACCAGCCAUUCGCCGAACUUUUACCGCCAAAGCUGUCACAGAGAGACGUCCUCUGUUGCAUACCAUCUGCAUGAACCGCUGUCCGCGCGAACUCCUCGUCAGCAUCUUCCGAUGCCAUAAGACUUCAAUUUCGGGUGUUCGACACCAUCUUAAGUGCUCCUCUGCCGUCUCGGUUGUCCUCGACCGGUGUGACUAUGGCAGGCUUGUUCGGCGGAACUGCAAGCACUCCUCGUGCUC